CGCUGACGUCACCGCCAGGCGCACGCCGCCGGCAGCGCGGUGACGUCAGCGCGACGUGUUGGAGAUACGCAAGGCGCGAAAAUCCAUGGAGAGAGAGAGACCCGGAGAGAGAUAUUCCUGGUGAUUGCCUGAGAAGAUGGCAGUUCCAUUUGUAGAGGAUUGGGAUCUGGUGCAGACACUAGGUGAAGGAGCAUAUGGCGAGGUGCAGUUGGCUGUGAACCGGAGAACAGAGGAGGCAGUCGCGGUGAAGAAAGUGGACACUGCACGUGCUCUUGACUGUCCUGAGAACAUCAGGAAGGAAAUUUGCAUAAAUAAGAUGUUGAACCACCCAAAUAUUGUCCGUUUUUAUGGACAUCGGCGUGAAGGCAACAUCCAGUACUUGUUUCUGGAGUAUUGCAGUGGAGGAGAGCUCUUUGAUCGAAUAGAACCUGAUGUGGGUAUGCCUGAAGUGGAUGCUCAUAGAUUUUUCCUGCAGCUAAUAGCAGGAGUGGAGUACCUUCAUAGCAUUGGAAUUACUCACAGGGAUAUCAAGCCGGAGAAUCUGCUGCUCGAUGACCGAGAUAAUCUGAAGCUUUCUGAUUUUGGCUUGGCGACUGUAUACAGGCACAAUAGCCGUGAGAGGUUACUGAAUAAGAUGUGUGGCACCCUGCCAUAUGUUGCUCCUGAGUUGCUGAGGAGAAAGGAGUUCCGUGCAGAACCUGUGGAUAUCUGGUCGUGUGGCAUUGUUCUAGUUGCAAUGCUGGCUGGAGAGCUACCCUGGGACCAGCCUGCGGAUAGUUGUCAGGAGUACUGUGAUUGGAAUGAGAAGAAACUAUACCUAACACCAUGGAAAAAGAUCGAUCCCAUUCCACUGAGCCUGCUGAACAAAAUUCUGAUUGAAGGCCCAAAGGCCAGAGCCACGAUUUCAGAUAUUAAAAAGGACAGGUGGUUCAUUUACCAAUUUAAAAGAGGUGUGAAGAGAGCAUGGUUAUCCUCUGGUAGUCCCAAUGAGUCGCAGGGGCCUUUCACUAAACACAUUCAUUCUAAUGUGGAUCUAUCCCAUGUCAGUGGCCUGCCCUGGAGUGAGGAUCAAGCAAGGUAUUCGAGUUCCCAGCCUGAACCUCGGGUUGCUUUGUCAUCAUGGGACUCCAAUCACUCCAGUAUUGAUAAUCUGGUACAAGGGAUUAGUUUCUCCCAACCUACUUGCACAGACCACAUGCUUGUCAGCAGCCAACUGCAAAGCACACCUGGAUCAUCGCAGAGCUCUUGGCAACGGUUAGUGAAACGAAUGACUCGGUUCUUCACGAAGUUGAAUGCUGAACAGUCCUACCUGGCCCUGAAAGAUGUUUGUGAGAAACUGGGCUACACUUGGAAGAAGAGCUGCAACAACCAGGUGACUAUAUCAACCAUGGACAGACGGAACAACAAGCUUAUAUUCAAAGCAAAUUUCAUCGAGAUGAAUGAGAGGAUUCUGGUAGAUUUCAGACUGUCCAAGGGAGAUGGUCUCGAAUUCAAAAGGCACUUUGUGGGCAUCAGGCACAAGUUGAGUGACAUCAUCUACUCUCAGAAGAUCCUCCUACCUGUAACCUGAUCUUUCUUUUGAGCCCUUGCAUUGCAUCGUAUCUCUGCUGGGAUAAGGCUGCUAGAAGGAACUGUCUGGGAUAACAGCUGGGGAUACCUUUUCUCACCCAGUUUACAGACACUGUGAACUUGUCUGUAUGUUUUAAGUGUUAAAAGUUACUCCCCCAAUAUAGUUAUGGGAGAUACUUCAAGCAAUGGAUCAUCAACCAAAAUGCCGAUUUUUAUUUUUUUAAUCCUUUAAAAUUCUGAGCAGAUUAACCCAACUCAGUCAAAUCGGCUGCUUCUUUCCCGGUGACUCUGUGACGGAUUCAUUGUUUGAGUCUUUGUUGGAAUGUGUUAGGUGCUUAAUUCAUUUGCAUUUUCUUUUAGAAGUUUGGAUGAGCUUCUGAAAUUUGUAGGACUCCAAUUAUGUGACACUGGAUGAAAUUCGUCUGAUCAUCUAACCAUGUGGACCAUCAGGGUAUCCACAGAUGCAGUAUGGCCUUUGAAAUUAUUUGUGAUUGGUAUCCACUGAAAGAUGAGAAUGAAAGGAACAGUGGAAUGUUCCCAGGGUGGUUCGACCAAAUAUUGCAACAUCUCCCAACCUGUGGACCAAUUGGCUUUCCGAAACACUCAGGAAAUGCCCUUUUUUUUCAAAUCGAGUUUCAAAGCGCAGUCAGGGUGUGCUUUGCACAUGAGACGGGAUGGUGUAUUACAACACCUGUAGGUUGGAAAAGCCGUCAGACUGUUUUGAUUGGGUUUCACUUUUAAUACCAGUGUUAUACGCACAGCACACCCGACUGCAAAUUUUGAGUGUUUGAUUAGAAAUGCAGGGAUUAGUGAAGGAAUGGCGUGGUUGGGAAUUUAUGACUUUCAGUCAGGCUCUCUAGGAGCAGUUCUACUGGUAGGGUGAACAAUCGUAGAUUUGGUGUCUAGUUCGACUGUUCAAAUUUGAACCUUGUAAAGAUUGAAUAAUAUGACUUUUCAAAUCAUCUGUGAAAUGAUUGUUGUGGAUGUGGCACUGUCUAAUUAUCAAUGAUCCAGUCUCCCAUCAUGAUUUGUGGAAAAACUUGCCAAUUUUGUAACUAGUAUAUUGGGUGCCCAAAUAACACACAAUCUCUGUAAUUUUAACAAAGCAUUCAUCUUGCAUGGGAUUACUGGUCUAUAUGUUGUAGACUUUGUACUCUACUGUUACAGUCUGCAAUUUACCACAAAUUUACACUGUGGUAAAUCAAAAUCUUACACAUUUUCAGAAAUAAAUUAGAUUUAAGGGGCCAGAAGGAUUCAACGAUGAUCAGGUUCACAAAUUAACACUAGCAGUACUUUUUUCUCUUUUGCUCUGUUUCCCCAACCCACCUCCAGAUUAUAUUUUUUUUGUGUGGUUUGAAGCAGGUUUGGAUGAGUUGGGGAAAUGGGCAUUGCCGCUUCUGUUCUUGUUUUGGAACCGCAAGCUCAUUGUCCAGGCUGCUUUUUGACCCCAAUAUCCUCUUCUGCUUAGUAGAAGAUUAUAGUAAAGCCAGUAGAAGGCCGCAGCAUUGCCCCAAGUAGAAUCUGCGAAUGCCUGCAGCCAGUUGCAUGUUCCACAUGCAAUGAACAAUGUCGAGCAUAGCGUCACAUAACUUUUGUAGUGAACUGGGUAGAGAUCCUUUAAUAAAAAGUAGGGCUUCACAAUUUAGAAUUGAAGCACUUGUCCCUAAAUACCAUAAAUUAUAAACGUUUGGGAGCAUGGGAAAGAAUAAAAAUUGGAUCUCCUCAGUUGGUUGAUUGUGAAUGGAGCCUGAUUUAAUUUGUUGCUUUCUGGUAAGUGAAAGAUAUAACCGAUGUUUUUUGGUUCAAGGAAUCAUGCUUUUGCAGUUUAAAUCUCUUCUUUAGUUAAACUGAUUCUGCCUGAUCCUGUGCGAUCUUGAUGUUUCCUUUUGAUGUGAAGUAUAUAGCUCACAGAAAAUAACUAGCCAUCAAAUGUUUAAAUAAUUCUAUGUUCGGUCUGUGUUUUUCUAAUUUUCUGUUUGUCUUUGUAGAUGUAUUUCUGUGUGUGCAGUCUGUUUUGUAGAGUUUGUGAGAGCUCAGUUUAUUGAGUCCGGGUCUUGUAAGUUUACGUCUUCCCCUUCUGCAGAAGGGAAUCUUUCAGGAUUAGAUGGUAACCUGCUCCACUACCUGACAAAAAAAAGUUAAAUGUGAGAUGCUGCAGGAAUGGCUAAUGCCUUAAGGGAAAGGGCAGUCUAAUGUUUCAGGCGUGACUCCUUUUUUCCUGGUGUCUGAUCCAUUAAAUACUUUGAUUUUAGAUUUCCAGCAUUUUUCUUUUCUCUAACUGUCUUACUUUGUCUCUAUAUACUGUGACCCUCGCACAUUUUUAAAUGAAGUUGACACUUGCCCUGUUUACCGUCCUGCUUUGUUUUAUUCAUAAAGUUCACUAGGUUGUGAGUUUUGCUAACUAGACACAGGGCCUGUGUGCCGAUACUGUUUGUGAGGAGGAGGGAUCAGUUAGCUGACUCCUCCUGUCCUGGAUUUGUUAAUAAAUCUUUUUUUAAAAAUGUAAGGAACAUUUUGGAAUAAUGAAUAAAAAAUUUCUUUAUGUGAA